AAUAAAACAGUACGCCCUAUCGGUUAAUGGAAGAAGGCUGUUUGAAAAUCCUUGCGCUCGUUCUCUGCUACCCAUCUCGUCCAUGCUUGAUCUCCUCCACGUCUCCUUUUCUCCGCUUCGGGCACAAGCUUGCCAUCUUUAGCGAUUUACACUGUUGGAACGACUAAAAAUUAGAUUACCUGAAGGACAUUUUAAAACUAGCCAUUGCCGUCAAUGAAAAGUGCUUUCUGAUGAUACGUUCAGUGAUGUUCCUGCAUCUACUGCUGUGUGCCAUCUGUCCCUUUGUGCUGCCGUCCUCUGCUGUCCCCAGACCAGCACCAGAUGAUUCCAGGCUCUUCCAGGUCACCAUUCCCAACAGCCCCCCUGUGUCGGCCGUGCUUGGAGGCUCCCUGAUUCUGCCAUGCUUCGUGUCAUCAGGCCGCCACGCUAUGUUCUCCUUGGCACGAGUGAAGUGGAGCAAGCUCUCCUCAGACCGAGAGACUGAGAUCCUGGUGGCUCAAGGGGAAAGGAUGAAGGUCAGCGAACUUUAUAAGGGACGUGCCUCACUGCCCGGUUAUGCCUCUUCCUCGGCUGAACUCACUCUCCAGCUGGACGGCCUGAGGCACAACGACACAGGCUUCUACCGCUGUGAGGUCCAGAACGGCUUGGAGGAUGCUCACGCCCUGGCACAGAUCAAAGUCAAAGGUGUGGUGUUCCACUAUCGACAUGCCUCCAGCCGCUAUGCUUUCUCUUUUGAUGAGGCCAAGGAUGCAUGUGAGGAUAUCGGGGCUCAGAUUGCCACCCCAGAGCAACUUCUGGCUGCGUACCACAGUGGCUAUGAGCAGUGUGAUGCUGGCUGGUUAGCAGAUGGCUCCGUCAGGUAUCCUAUCCAUAUGCCUCGGGAGGGCUGUUUUGGAGACAUGGAUGGCUUACCAGGCAUCCGAAACUAUGGCAUGAUGGAUCAAAAUGAGCUUUUUGAUGUGUAUUGCUACAUAGAGAACAUUCAUGGUGAGGUAUUCCACGGGUCCAGUCCCGAGCGCUUCACAUUGCCUGAGGCUAAGACGUACUGUGAGCAGCAGGGUGCAGAGUUGGCCACCACCAGCCAGCUCUAUGCUGCAUGGAAUGAUGGCCUUAACCACUGCAACCCAGGCUGGCUGGCUGACGGCAGCGUACGCUAUCCCAUCGUCACCCCACGGGAGCGAUGUGGGGGCUCUGAGGCUGGCGUCAAGACAGUCUACCGCUUCAGCAACCAGACAGGCUUCCCUGAUCCUCACAUUCGUCACGACGCCUACUGCUUCAGGGGAAACCUCAAUUUUCAAACAGUGCCUCCUGUUCGUUACUUACCCACAGAGCAAGAGGAGGACAGGCAGGGCAUCGUGACCUUAGCUGAGCCUGAGGAGUUGUUCAGUCUGGGAUAUAUGACUCAGCACACAGUGAACGAGGCUCAGGGGGCUGUUGAGACCUUACCACUCUCCAGCGAACAGACACCUGUGGAGCCAAAUGAACAUGACCCUACACCAUCUCCACAUAGUGACAUUUAUGCAACCAUCAUCAAUGAGAAAGUUCUCACCACCUCAGCAACAUAUGGAUGGGAACCUGAGUCAACUCAGGACUCAUGGAAAGAAGUGCUCACUAGCCACAUUGGUUUUGAAUUUGUGCCAAAGAUACACCUCGAGCCCAGUCCCAAACAGAGUGAGCAAGUAGAAAAUCCAGAUGCAGAGAUUGGCACAACACAUUAUGAAAAGAAAAUUCACAAUCAUAAACACUAUCAGCCUAUGCCAGACACUAACCUUGAAGCAGGCGAGCGAGUGGAAUAUGAAACAUAUACAGAGGGCAAACCAGCAACUAAAACCGACAGCUUGGGGCCACCCUCUGAGGUUCGUGAGGUUGGAGGAUCCAAACAUUUCCAACCUAUGCCUGAGACUAACCUGGAUGAUGAAGAUGGAAGCCAUGUGGAUGAAUUUGAGACUAUAGCAGAAAUGCAUGCAGGAAAUGCCACUCUUCCAAUGAUAUCAAAAGAAAGUCUGAACAGUGUGGCUCGAACCACCACUUCAGGAACCUCUGAGGGAUCAGGAGGGGACAUGACCUCACCAGCUACAGAAAAGCCUGCACCCUUUACCACCCUGACUCAAGAUUCAUAUGAUUAUACUUUAUAUGAAACCACCACUAGGAGUUAUUCACUGACAGAUCUCAUUCAGCCUACACUGAGUUUAGGGCUCAGCCAUGAGGAGGUUGGCCUGAAAAAAAUUUCUGGUGCUGUGGACAGAGUUGGGCACGAAGAAGGACAUACUUCAGCCCCAACCAUAAUGUUGUCUCUCAGUUCAGAUGGUACUGAGAGUGUUCAUGACUCAGCUGUGACUAUAACCCCUCUACUCCAAGGAGAAAAUCAAGUAUCUACUGCUGGUCCAGAGUUCAUUGAUGGUUCUGGAGACCAUGAUGAUGACCUUUUAGCGACCCUCUUGACCACACCUGUGCUACACCUGAUGGGCACAUCAGUUACUCAGAAGACAUUGGAGGUGGAAGUAAGUUCCCCUCGCAAGGUGGAAAGUCCUGUACCGGAGAGUAGCACUCCAGAGAUUGGUACUAUGUCCAACUACAGCUUUGUGGAGGAAGAGGUGGAGCAGGUGGAGCAGAAGGAGCUUGGACAAGCACCUGAUGUCCUCUCCACAGUGACAACUCUGUCCAGUGAGGCUGAUGCAGCUUCCAAUCAAAACAGCAGCAGCAGCAGUAGCCAUGAGGGAGACUCUUUAGGAGAGGAAGAGGCUUCUGGAGGAGGCUCUUCAGUCACAGAGUACCCCGACCUUCCCUAUCCCACCCCCACAUCCAGCUUAUCCUUCAACGCCACAGAGCUGCUGAUUCUGAAUGCAACAGAUGCUAAUGACACUCAGAGUGAUUCCAACACCACUCUUUCUAUAGUGGAGGUCAUGCUGCUCUCAGGUACGACACUGAUGCCCAGCUCAAACACUCUGGCACCUCGCACCCCACCGCAGGAGUUCAGGGCAGAUGUGGUUAUCAGUGGGGAUGACACGCUCAUCACAGACAGCACCGACUCCUCCACUGAAUCAGACGCCACCACAGCUCCGUCUGCAGAGUUGAUGGAAAGCCAGAGGUCUUCCAUCACUGUGGCAAGAGAUAACGAAGAAGAUGAGGACUAUGAUGUGACGAAAACGGCCGAUUCUGAGAACGGCCAGGAUGAGGAUGAAAUGCCCACCCCAACACAGCCUCUGGCUCCACCCACCACUGCAGCACAGCUGGUCAGAACUGGCAUUUCAGACAGCUGUGUGGAGAAUCCAUGUGCAAAUGGAGGCACAUGUGUAGACAUCAGAACCGGUGUCAAAUGCCUUUGCUUGCCAACUUAUGGAGGCGAAUUCUGCCAAAAUGAUCUGGAACAGUGUGAACCAGGCUGGGAAAAGUUCCAGGGCAACUGUUAUAAGCACUUUUCAAAACGCCAGAGCUGGGAGGCAGCGGAGCAACACUGUCGGAUGUGUGCUGCUCAUCUGGUCUCUGUGAUGUCCCCCGAAGAGCAGCAUUUCCUCAACGAUAAAUACAGGGAGUACCAGUGGACUGGCCUCAAUGACAGGACCAUUGAGGGUGACUUCCGCUGGUCUGAUGGCAACCCACUGCUGUAUGAGAACUGGUGUCGUGGACAGCCUGAUAGUUAUUUCCUGUCUGGAGAAGACUGUGUGGUGAUGGUGUGGCAUGACCAGGGGCGCUGGAGUGAUGUCCCCUGUAACUACCAUCUGCCCUACACCUGCAAGAAGGGCAUUGUUUUCUGUGGCCAGCCCCCGGUUGUGUUGAACGCUCUGCUGUUUGGUCGUCAGCGGCAGCGAUAUGAGAGCAGUGCUCAGGUGCGUUACCAUUGCCAGGAUGGCUUCAUUCAGAGGCACAACCCCAUCGUCCGGUGCCAAAGCAAUGGGCAGUGGGAGGAGCCACAGAUCACCUGCACGCCAAAACCGAAUGAGUCAAAUGGAGAAUCCAUCACACUACCCACUGCUCAGAACCAAGAAGUAUUCAUAGAAGACACAGCAACAGAAAAGGCCAAAACACAGUGGUGAAGACUUAAUACCAAUUAGUGUUUCAUCAUUUUCUCUUCUGUUUUUUUACCUUUCAUUCAAGAGACUUCCACCAAGCAUGCUUACAGCAGCAUUUUAGAAUAAGAGCCAUCUGCACAUCACCCUUGCAACCAUCUACUCCUUUUAUCAGUUUCUUUCUUUGUAGAAUAUGACACUGAAUUACCUAUUUUGUAAUUCUAUGACCCGUAAUUCAAAAAGCGCUAAAGUAAGUAAAUGUAGAACAACACAGUUCCAACACAAUGGCAGCAUAUGUGGAAGCACAAGUGAAAAAUCAAAACAUAAUGGAACAAAUACCUUUUAACCUCAGCUGGUCUGAAUUGAACUGAUGCCACUGUUUCAUAAUGACUUAAUUUCAUCCCAUCAAAAUCUUAGUGCCAUUAUGUUUCUCAGUAGGCAGAUUAUGAUAGCUAAACAACGGGUGUACCAAGGUGAACCAGGCUUGAAGAACAACAUGCAUAAUUCAAAUAAAUAAUAUAAAUAUAAAAUUAUAUACUAUAUAAAAAAAUGUUUCCACCAAGUAAAAUGUAAAAAAAAAAUAAAAAUAAAUGUAAAAACCAAAACACAUCAAGUGUCACGAUCACAGACAGAUUUGUUCACUUGUCCCUGGCCUUUCUAGCCUUGAUAAACAUCAUAUGUUGCCCAGAAGAAUCUAUGGAAGAUAAAAAGGGAUUAAAAGAUCAAGUCUUGGCUCACCAGGCUUAAGCCUGACUGUGGAAAUUAGGUUUUUAAUGCUCACCAGCAGCUGUCAUUCACGCCUUUGUGCACAGUAAAACUUGUGCCUCUCAGCCAUGCAUUGUAAGAGCAGUCUAGGCUCAAGAUCAGGAACUUUCGCUUCAGUACACAGCCAGCUAAAUCUCUGACUAGGAGUAGCUGAAUCAGGAUCCCAUCUGCCCAGCUCUGUGAAUAGUACCAGGUAGCAUUGUUUCACUGUACUCUUUUUCCAUUCCAUUUUUUACAGGAUCAAAAACUGGCCUGAUAGUUUCAGCAGUUCCGUAUUAGAGCUUUAGGCCAACAAUGAAAAUUCUCCAUAAAUAUUUAGCCAGGAGGUCUAAUUGUUGGAUUAAUUGGUGCCUGGCUGUGAAACACAAGCUUUACUUUUCCAUUUCAAUUUGGUGCUUACUUUUUUCAGGUCUGUAACUUGCUCUGGGAAAUAGUUCUUACCAGAAUUCCUUACUUUCUAUGUAAUAAUGAUGGUUUUACUGACCUAUAUCCUGAAUUUAUUGCUUUAUUCCUCAUUUUAUUGACAUCAAAUUCUUUUUGGUUCAGCAUACAGAUGUUUUGUCCCAUGCUAACAGAAAUUGAUAUUUUAAUUAUUUAAUUGUUCCUCGUAGGUUUGUUUGAGAGCGUGAUUUAAAUCUAAUUGUAAUUUUUAAAACAUUUCCAUCCAGAUUCUAACACAUUCAUAAGAUGGCAAAAAUGUACACAUUGUUCCAUCCACUGGCAUCAGUAUCUAUCAAAUAAAGUGGAAUUCAGAACAACAAAACAUUGUUCUUAACCUUUAAUUGGCUGUAAAAUGUGUGAAUGAAUGUGUCUUUGAUGUACUAAACAGUUUCUAGGUCUGUCAUUGCAAUUUGCACUUUACUGAUUUUGUAAACAGGUCUUUUCAUGGUAAUUUAUUUUGUGGCUUGAAUUUUUCCCUACCCUUUUUAGAAACAGUUUGGAUGCAACAGAAGUCAGACUAAGACAGAAUAAGUCAAAUAAAAAGGUAGCCCACAGAACUACAUUACAGAUACUUUUAUUCGUCUUUUAUUCAUCAUACAAUAUUUUGUUGUUUCAGUGUUGGGGGGGGGGAAAUCAAGCCUUAAGGUGCCAUCUGGUAUAUGGUGCAAUACUGCUGCAACAUGUAGGAUGCUGUAUUUGUUCUGGGGUUUCAUCAAAAAUAAUAAAACAAGUCUUUUACUAACAGUA